ACCAUCACCUAAGGGCUAAGGCUAGUGGUUUUGAUCACCUUGAAGCAAGGCGGAGAAGAUUGUAGUAGCAACAAUGGAGGGUGCAUGCCUGUACGCACUCAAAUCCGCAUGCAGUUGCCUGGUAAGCCAGGCCGCAUCAUCUGCUGCCAAGGAGAUGGCUCUGCAAGAAGGCGUGAAAGAUGACGCCACGUUCUUGGCCGAAGAGCUCGAGGAGAUGAACAAGUUCCUCGCAGAUGUGGGCAGGGACGAGGCCGGUGUGCUGGUGGAACAAGGCGGCUAUGUGGAGGACAUGGCUUUCGUCAAGAAGAUCCAGGACAUGGCAUGCGACAUCGAGGACUGCCUCCGGGAUCUGGCCCCACAUCGGGAGAGGCCGUCCAUGUGGAGGCUCCCGUUGGAAUCUCUGGCGGCGCGGCACACCGUCGCCGCUGAGCUCAAGGACUUGGUGUCCCAGGUUGACCGCGUGAGCCAGAGAAGGGAGCGCUAUCGACGUGCCCGUGAGAGGGCGCUGAGGAAGCCGACGACGCCCGGGCCGGCAGAGGAGGAGGCACGGCCUGUCGUGCCGGAAAUUGACUGGAAGGUGGAUGUCGGCGAGCUGAUUGCACGGGCAGACGAAUCACUAAUGGUGAUCUCAGUCUGGCUGAUGAAAGACCGCGUCAGCGAAAGGGCAAUUUCCCUCGUCGGCGAGGUCUACGACGCCGCCAUGGACUUCCAGCGCCGUGCAUGGGUCACGGCGACCCACCCCAUCGGCCUCACUGAGUUCCUCCGGGCCUUGGCGAGGCAGUUCCUUGGAAAUGAUCCGGCGACGUCGCAGGGCGCACUCGGUGUCCUGACGGACACCGAGACCAUGGGGGCGGAGCAGCUGAUGGCGGUGGUAGCGCGGCACCUCGAGGAAAGGCGGUACCUGGUCGUGGUCGAAGGCGUGUACACGAGGCCGGAGUGGGACUGGAUCAAGCUCAUCUUCCCGGAUGACAGGAACGGCAGCAGGAUCAUGGUGACAUCUCGGAGAGCAGAUGUGGCGAGGCAUUGCGCGGAGGGAUCAAGCAGAUCGUUCAAUCUUGAACGAGUUCCAGAUGGUGAUGCAAGGCUUUACGUCUCAUCCGACAAGCAGGCCGCGGUGCUCCACCAGGGCGCGGAAGUAGCCGUUGUCGACGCGUCGGGGGUCACCGCGUCCAGCGGCGCCAGCGCGCCGUCCGCGCCACCGCACGCCCCGCGCAGCUGCGCGACGAAGGUCGUGUUGAUCGCCUCGCCGCCUUCCGUGCCGGCGCGGAACGUGGCGCAACGGGCCCGGCCGAUGGUUUGCGCGCCCGACAACGCCGUCAUGUCGCGCGUCGACAGGCCCUUGGCCCGGAACGCGGCGACGAGGGCCAGGAGGCCGGACCCGGGGCCCAAGAGGUUCGCGUUCGCGGCGUCCCGGCUUGGUGCCACCACUGAUCGUGGAUUUAGUGAGGUUAUAAAAGUAGAGCCGUACUCGGAGUUCGUUGGCAGGAAUGAGGAGGUUGAAGAACUGACAAGAUGGAUAUCUCUGAAUGAAUCGGAGUGCGCGUCACUCUCAGUGUAUGGAGCUAGUGGUAUCGGAAAGAGCACCCUUGUCAGAAAUGUCUACAAUAGCACAAAGCUGCUUAGGAUGUUCCAAAGGAGAGCCUGGAUCGCAAUGGUGCAUCCCUUCAACAAGGAGGAGUUCCUGCGAGACACAAUUUCACAGUUCAAGGCAUACCGAGUUCAGGAGUCCAAAAGUGGUAUCAAGAACAAGUCAUCUGAUGACUUGGUAACAGAGGUUUGUCAGCUCAUGGGGGACGGGAGGUCUCUGCUAGUUGUUGAUGGGCUGUCAGCAGAAGAAGAAUGGGAUCAAAUCAAGUCGUGCUUAUGGCCCGAAUUUUGUACAAAUAGUGGUAGCUGCACUGCCAUUGUUACGACAGUGAGUGCCGCUGUUGCUAGACAUUGUUCAGAGAAUAGAAGCAGCUUGAUGUACAAGCUGAGCCCUCUUAAUCGCGCCGCUGCCCAUCAGUUAUUCUAUCAGAAGGUAUUCAGGCGUGACAGACUAAUUGAGUUAUGUAAACCGAUGGUUGAUCAUGCUAAUCUCAUCAUACAAAAAUGUGAUGGGAACCUUCGGGCAAUCAACAUUAUAAGUGGGCUUCUAGCCACCAAAACUCGAACAUCUACAGAGUGGGAGAAGCUGCUAAACCGUUUUGAUUCGGAGUUAAAGAACAACCCUGACCUUGGGGUUACCAAUGCAGCAGCAAAAUUGAGCUAUGAUGAUUUACCAUCCCAUAUGAAAUAUUUGGUCCAAUACCUUAGCGUUUUCCCCCGAAGCUACAACAUAAUGCUCAGAAGAUUGGCAAACGCAUGGCUAGCAGAAACCUACAUGAGGAAGACGAGAAGAGACAAUGCUGAAUUUGAGGAUAUCUUUGAUGCCCUUGUUAUGAGAAGUAUGGUUCAUCCGUUGAAGCGAGCAGAGAUAACAAGCGGAAGAAUAAAUGGCUGCCAUGUUGACGAUGUGUUUCGACAACACUUGUUUUCAGAAGCAAAGUCGAGGGGCUUUAUCAACAUCCUAGAUGAGCACAUGGUGAACAACAACUUGGCAAUUUCACAAAUCAGGCACCUAGUUGUUACAAGUGGCUGGACAAGAGAUGAUGAUCAGUUCAAGAGAUUGGACCUCUCCUGUGCUCGAUCACUGACAGUUUUGGGGAAGUGGAGUUCUUGUUUCAUUUCACCAAGCAUGAAGUUGCUAAGGGUGCUGGACUUGGAAGAAACCGAAGGUCUGGUGGAGCAUCAUGACCUUGAGCAUAUCGGGGAGUUCCGGCAUCUCAAGUAUCUGGGUCUAAGGAACACUGGCAUUGCACAUCUACCCAAAUCGUUGGGCAAAUUGCAUGGUCUUGAGGAAUUGGAUAUCCGGGGCACUUACAUUGCUAAGCUGCCAUCUACAUUCAUCCAUCUUACAAGCCUGCGCCGUCUCCAUGGUGGUACGAUGGCCGCAUGCAAUUCUCAGCAAGAGUUUGACAGUGAAAUGACUGGAGAUUGUCCUGGGCUUCUCAAAAAUGCUGUUUCGUCUGCUUUCUGCAUGUGUUUGCUAUGUCUAUGUCAGAGGCACAAACCAUAUGGUGUGCGCGUCCCAAAGAAGAUAGGGGAACUGAAGUCUCUUCUGACAAUGGGAACCAUUGAUGCAGCAGGGAGCCGAACUGUUAUGAAGGAGGUACAGAAACUUGCACAGCUACGAAAGUUGGGCGUGAUGGGCAUUACCAAGCUUAACAGCAAGCAUCUCUGCUCAACCCUUGAACAUCUGCACCAUCUGCGAUCAUUGAUGGUUCACUCUGAUGAUUCACUCGGCAGAUUAGCCACUGUCACCUCACCCCCACACUGCCUUGAAACACUGAAACUGUAUGGCAAUCUCGGUACGCUCCCGAGGUGGACCAAGACACUCCAUAGCCUCCUCAAGCUUUGCCUGAGGUCCACGCUACUGGAUGGGGACGCUGUACAGAUCAUCGCUAGGCUACCCAAGUUGAUCGUGCUACGCCUGCUGGCUAAAUCGCUCGUGGUGGAGGAGAUAGCAUUUCCAAGUGGCGCGUUCCCGAAGCUGGAGCUGCUGCAGCUUGAUCAGUUAGAAAAUCUCAUGUCAUUAUCUACUCAAGGAAGAGCAUUGCCAAACCUGGAGAUAUUGCAAGUCUAUAGGUGCAGCUUUCUGAGCGAGGAUAGUUUGCGUCUAUUUCACGACCUACCGAGGAUAAAAAUGGUGUUGAUGGAUGGUACGCUUGUUCAGAGACAACCAGACCAAGAAUUUGACCCAUUUGACAUACCAUCCAAAGGCAUUCCAGAUGAGCGCUUGCGCAGGUGGCGACAAGCAGAUCUGGUUCUCAAUGCAUCCCGACGAUUCAGGUAUACUCUGGACUUGAAGAAGGAAGAGGAGAAGGAACGGAUAAGACAACGAAUUAGAAGUCAGACACUUAUUAUACGAGCUGCACUCCGCUUCAAGGAAGCACUAAAAGCAGACAGAUCCGAGAUUGAAGAAUAAGGGAAUAAGCUGGAGCAAGAAGAACCGCACGUCCUCCAACAGAAUAGCUAUUUAUCGCCGGCACUUGGCGAUGGCGAUGGAUGAGCAGUGUGGCGUUGCGGAGUGGUGGUCCUUGUGUAGUAAGGUGUGGGUUGUUCUUGCUUGGGAGAUAUGGCGAUGUCGUGCAGGGCGGGUUGAUAUCUCAAUUUGAUUUGUCUUAGGUUUGUUGUUUCG